UAUUUAAGUUUUUUACGUUAAAAAGACCAAAUAUGAUUAUAAUAAAAAUGUUAUCUUUACUGCACAUUAAUUUAACGUUUGGAUCAAUCUAUAAUGAUUUUCACUGUAAUUUCAUCAAAUAUAUGCUAAAUUUUUUUAAUCAUAAUAAUCGAUAUUUAACAGAAAUUAUUGAAAACGUAGAAAACUAUAAUGUGCUUAAUUUGAACACAUAUGGCGACACAAUAAAAACUCAUGGUGACAUUGUACUAGUAAUGUUAGAUGUUUUAAGGGACACUAAUAAAACUAUGUAUUCGAAUGAAUUGACAUCAGUUAAUUUAUACUUAAAUAAUGUUUCUAAGUAUGUAGAUUUCUAUGCUAAAAAUGAUAAGGGAAUAUUUGAUAUGUCAAAUCAAACUUCAAGUGUUCUUAAAGGUUACUUAAUGUUCCAUAAUUUUUUUUUAAAACAGUUUGAGAAGAGGUUAUUGAAAUAUUGCGAUAAUGUGAUAUAUGACGAAGUAUUUAUUUAUUGUCCUGAUUACAACGAUUCAAGAGAAUAUACUUUAGAAAAAUUUCAAUAUGUUUCAAAUAAACUUAAAAACCGAUUAUUACAAACAGAUAAAGAACAAAACGGCAAAGAUGAUAAUGUAAAAAAUUUAAAAUACAGUAAAGUGUAUAAAGUUUUUAAUAAAGCUAUUAAACGGUCUCAAUACUGGGAAUUCUUACCGACAAAUUUAAUAUUUUAUGACUUUAUGAUGAAAAAUCUCAAAAUUGCCGAAAAAGAUUUAAUAAUUAGUUUUCAAGAUAAACAAUAUCCAAUAAUAAUAAACGGACGGAAUAAAAAUGUUUUAGAUAUGAUUCGAUUUGCACCUCUCACUAUGAAAUGUCCUAAUAAAAUUCAAUUGACACUUUUUGACAUAUUUAGAUACGUCAAAUAUACUUUUUAUAGAAAAGAACUAGAUAUAUUUCUUACGCUAAUACUUACUGCAACGUUUCGUCCCAUAGCUUUAAUAGUAAGACUCUUUGUUAUAAUUCUUAGAAAAUUAGUAUACAAAUAUAACUUUAUGAGUAACGAACAAGAAUAUACAAAAUACUAUGAAAAUAUCAUUUCAAUCGGUAAAAGAAUACUUGAUUGUUUUCAACAUUUUGUCGAUUUAAAUCUUUUUGGCUACAAACCAAAACAACUUUUUUUAAUAUUUUUAAAUAAAUUGUCUAACUGCUUUAACCACUUUAUUCAUAAAAGGAAUAAAGAUCUAUUUUAUUCGUGCACUGAUUUGCAGAAUUCAAUUAAAUCAUUUUUAUAUCAUAACAGAUUAAAAGUUAAUAUUCUAACUGAGAUUUUUACAAAUGAUAUUAUUGACCAUUUCUUGAACGCAUUGGUUGUGAAUCUGGAAGAAACAGAAGAAUUUGUAGCAGAAUUAAAAAAACAUGUUGAAUUCUUUAAAGUCAUCAAAAAAUCUUAUAUUCAUUGCAAGUUGUAUUAUGACAACACGUAUAUUUUUAAUAAAUAUAUAAUAGAUAUUCUUUGUGAAACUAAAGAUAUUUACACAAAACUAUAUGAGCUCGGCAGUAAUGCUGCAAUUCAAAUCGGCGAUUCCAAGGAAAUAAGUAAUGCUGAUGAUAAUGAAAAUAGAAACAAAAUUUUCAUGAAGCAUCAAAAUCACCCUGACGAAAAUAUAAUGAAUAAUAAUAGAUUCGAUCUAACAUCUCCUAAGUACUUAAUAGAUUACAUAUUGUAUAUAUAAAUUGUACUUAAUAUAAUAUUUAUAAAUAAUUAUUUAAAAGAGUGGACUUUGGGAUUUUUUUUUUAAAUUAUAUUAUAAAUUAUUAAGUGGAAAAACAUAGAAGGUACAUUUUUUUUGUUUAUUAAAUUUUAUAGUUGAUUAAUUCAGACUAUUUAACUUUGCAAUUGUUUUGAAAAGUUAAAUAUCUUAUUAAUUAUUAGGUAAAUAAUUUAUGCGCUGAGCUCACCGUAUAACGGCUAAGGCCGUUCCCUCUCCUUAGAUAAAUGGGUGGUGUAUAUGGUUGGAUUGGUAUAGAUCGCGACGAAAUGCAUAUUUCCCCUUUCCAUAGCCUGCUAGGAGGUUAAGACUAUAGUCAUAAAUGGGAGGGAUCCACUCUCUCUUUGCUAAUACAGUAAGUAUCACAGAUAUGAGUGUUAAGAUUAAAUUUAUAUGUAGGUGUAUGGCAGUGGCUUACACAUAAGAAGUGGGUAUAUGCGAAACCUAACUACAGCUAUUUAUGUGUCAUGCAUAAAUGCAUUUAUGCAUUUCACUAUAGUGGGUUCCCCAUUUUUGACUGGCAGAUAUAUUAUAACAUUUGAAUUACCUCUUCAUAGAACGAAAGUAAAAGUAGUAAUUACUCGUUUUCUAAUAUAGACGAUAUUUUAUUCGGUGUAUACAAAUAUUUCCUUUAGGCGGGAAUUCAUACAUUUAUUUGGUACUGACAUUAAAAUGAAAAAAGCAGUAAUAAGCCCGUAAAACUUAGAUCAACAUUGUUUUAAAUGGGGGAUAUUAACAAAGAUAUUUUCUUGUAUGCCAAAUUAAUGCAAUUCUGAGUGUCAUUUACGAUAUUUUUGGUGCUUUGUUCUAAUCUAAACUGUAGAUUUUAUAUGUGAAAGAUCUGCCCUGUAGUUGGCCCAGUUUAUACUUUUAGGGUUCCUAUACUACUUCAUUUCAACUUUGUUUAUUUUCAAAGUGAAGUAAAUGUGCUUAUGAGCAAAAUAGAAGUUUCAAAGAACACUUUUUACCCUUCUAUUAUCUGAAUUAAUCUCUAUGAGCAAACUGUAAAAUCAAUGACAUCUUAUCUGAUUACCAUGUAGCUAUGGUUCCUAAACAAGUGCUAUUUGUAAGGGUAUUGAUUUCUCUUAGCUAUAGAGUUCUUAGCAAUAUAUUUCUGGCCCUUUUACUUUGAUGUAGAUUUAUCUGCGUGAAUUAUAUAAUAUUCUAAUAUUGACCCCUGCAUGGUUUGUUAGGCUUAAAUUUAAGACGUUUAAAUUUAAACGUUUCAACAAUUACUCCCAGUAGUCUUGCGACUCCUGAUCUGUAUCUACUGUUAUCGCAUCUUUGCCAGUAGAUGGUUCACUAAAAUUCCCGCUGUUCACAUUGGGGUUUUCAAUUUCAACGAUUCUUGUGUGAAAAGCCGUCAAUUUACGUAAUUGUACGUAAAUAUUGUUUUGUGGUUUUUUAAUGUUUUUAUUCAUGUUGCUCCCAUGAGCUGUCAAUAAAUACGGGUCCAUCACAGCAGAGCUCGAUACUGUGAUAAA